AACCCUAAUAUCACCCAAGUACGACAACCACCAUGCCCGACCUUGGCAAUCUCCUGAACUCAUCUUCCCUAACCCUAUCUCGCUGCCACAAUCUGAAACCACUGAGCGACUCAUGCGACUCGGGUGGGCCUCUGAGUCCUAACUCGGUCAAUUGGGAACAGAGGCUGCGGUUCCCACUAUCUCCCAAAGAUGAGAUUGAGUGCGAGAAGAGCGGCGUGGGGAUUAGGGUUUUGAAGCGCACUCGAGGUGGUUCGCUAGAUCGAAGCAAGAAGUUAUCCAACGGUAAGAGUUUGGACGAUCAUGUGAAGGCUUGGGCUGACAAGAAAAUGGAGUCUGGUGCGACUAAAUCGCAGUGUUCGUUGCCAUUUAUGUCCGGCGCUUCUAGAUUGGAUGAAUGUCUUGUAUGUCAUAGUUUUAUCUACCCUGGGGAGGAGGUUUCAUGCACCAUUGAUGGUUGUCAAGGAGUUUAUCACUUAAAAUGUGCGAAGAAUGAGCUUGGGUUCUCAACUAAGAGGAAGUUCAAGUGCCCCCAACAUGCAUGCUUUGUAUGUAAGCGCAGAUCAUAUUUGCGGUGUGUGCGAUGCAUAAUAGCAUCCCAUCAAAAGUGUGCACCAUGGCCAGAAGAGAUGACCCUUUUAAGAAAUCGCUCAGGUCAAGCUGUUUGUUGGAGGCAUCCAACUGAUUGGCGGCUGGACAAGAAGCAUGCGGCCCCUACAAGUGACAUAGAGGAAAUAUUCUGCCGCUUGCCUCUGCCGUAUGAUGAAGAGGAGUUCAAAAUUGAUUUAACCUGGAAGGACACAGUGGAGAAUAAAAUGGAGCCUACUCCAUAUGUGCACAUAAGGCGCAAUGUGUACCUCGUCAAGAAGAAGCGUGAUGAUGCUGCUGAUGGUAUUGGAUGCACAAAUUGUAGUUCGGUGUGCUCUGAGAAUUGUGUGUGCAGGGUUCAAUGCAUAAGCUGCUCGAAGUCUUGCCACUGCUCAGAAAAUUGCACAAACAGACCAUUUCGCAAGGAAAAAAAGAUUAAAAUUGUCAAGACUGAACUUUGUGGUUGGGGAGUAGAUGCAGCUGAAUCGAUUAAUAAAGGCGAUUUUGUUAUUGAAUAUAUUGGGGAAGUUAUUGAUGAUGCUUUGUGUGAGCGAAGGCUAUGGGACAUGAAAGAUAGAGGUGAUCAGAACUUUUACAUGUGUGAAAUUCGAAAGGACUUCACAAUUGAUGCAACUUUUAAGGGGAAUGCAUCACGUUUCUUAAACCACAGCUGCGAUCCCAAUUGUAAAUUGGAAAAGUGGCAAGUUGAGGGGGAGACACGUGUGGGCGUGUUUGCUGCUCGAUCUAUAAAAGCUGGAGAACCAUUAACAUAUGAUUACAGAUUUGUACGAUUUGGGCCGGAGGUAAAGUGCCAUUGUGGUGCUCCAAGUUGUCAUGGUUAUCUUGGGACCAAAAAAAAGAUUGCAAAGGUGGAACUCUGUUGGGGUUCAAAACGCAAGAGAUCAUCUUAUUUUGCUCUUAUUACUGUAUGAUUAGCAAUUUGUUUUGGGUGAAUCAGUCCUGUUGUAUAUUGAUCUUACUUUGAUCUGUAGGCUAAAUAAAAAAAGGGAAAAGGAAAAAGAAAGUAAUCAACCUCAUCAUGUCAUUGUUGUAUCCAUUCAACCUCCCACACAUGAAAGUUGAAAUUCACCAAUUUUUUUUGGGAGUUUGCUUUGUUGUAGACGCUGUAACAAUGUAAGAAUGUGUGUAAUUCAUUUCCCCUCUGAUUGGGUUUCUACAUUGGGAUUGGUUAAAGAGCUACUUCAAAGUUGAAACUAAACAGUUCUGUGAUAUUAAAAGGUUUUAUAACCUGUAGCUUUGGUCAA